AUGCUGACCAAGUUUGAGACCAAGUCCAACCGCGUGAAGGGGCUGUCCUUCCACCCCAAGCGGCCAUGGAUCCUGGCCUCGCUGCACAGCGGCGUCGUGCAGCUGUGGGACUACCGCAUGGGCACCCUCAUAGACCGCUUUGACGAGCACGACGGGCCCGUGCGCGGCGUGCACUUCCACCCCAGCCAGCCCCUGUUUGUGUCUGGCGGCGACGAUUACAAGAUCAAGGUGUGGAACUACAAGCAGCGGCGCUGCCUGUUCACGCUGCUGGGCCACCUGGACUACAUACGCACCGUGCAGUUCCAUCACGAGUACCCCUGGAUCGUGUCUGCCUCGGACGACCAAACCAUCCGCAUCUGGAACUGGCAGUCGCGCAACUGCAUCGCAGUGCUGACAGGCCACAACCACUACGUCAUGUGCGCUCAGUUCCACCCCAAGGAGGACCUGGUGGCAUCCGCCUCCCUGGACCAGACGGUGCGCGUGUGGGACAUUGCCGCGCUGCGCAAGAAGACUGUGGCACCGGGGGCGGGCGGCGGCGACGACAUGCGGGGGCCAGGCGGCGGCCGGAUGAACACCGACCUGUUUGGCGGAGGCGACGCCAUCGUCAAGUAUGUGCUGGAGGGGCACGACCGCGGCGUCAACUGGGCCUCCUUCCACCCCUCCCUCCCCCUCAUCGUCAAGCGGCGCGGACGACCGCCAGACACCAAGGCGUGGGAGGUGGACACCCUGCGGGGCCACGUCAACAACGUCUCAUGCGUCAUCUUCCACCCCAAGCAGACCAGCCUGGCGUACGUCACUGCCGCCACCCACGGCCUGGUGGAGGAGGCGGAGCGGCUGGGCGAGCAGCUGGGAGAGCUGCGGCCGGCCGUGGACACCGCACACGCGCGCCUGCUGUCGCCGCCCACCCCCAUCAUGCGGGAGGACAACUGGCCGCUGCUCACAGUGUCCAAGGGAUUCUUCGAGACGCUGGCAACCAAGGACUCGGAACGCGCCAAGGGCGCCCCCGGCGCGGCCGCCGCCGCCGCCGCCGCCGCCAUGGAGGAGCUUGACCUGGGUGAUGUGGGGGCUGGGUGGGGCGAGGAGGAUCUGGGAGGCAUCGGUGGCGGAGGCGAGGGCGAGGAGGGCGAGGAGGGCUUUGCUGACAUGGAGGGCGGCGAGGAGGGCGGCGAGGGAGGGUGGGAGAUGGAGGACCUGGAGAUCCCCGCUGACGUGGCGGCUGAGGUGGCCAGCAGCGCCGCUGCCGGCGAGGCCGCCCAGUUUGUGGCGCCCACCCCCGGCGUCUCCGCCGUCAACCGCUGGCAGACCAAGUGCAGCCUGGCGGCGGAGCAGGCGGCGGCGGGCGCCUUUGACACCGCCAUGCGCCUGCUGACGCGGCAAGCGGGCAUCGUCAACUUUGAGCCGCUCAAGCCGUACUUCCUGGAGGUGUACCAGGGGUCGCAGGGCGUGCUGCCCGGCCUCCCCGGCCUGCCCUCCCUGGUCACCGCCCUGGACCGCAGCUGGAGCUCGGAUGCGGCCAAGCAGGAGCCAACGGCGCCUGCGCUGGUGUACAGCCUGGGGCAGCUGGAGGAGCAGCUGAAGAAGGCGUACCGCACGGUGACGGAGGGCAAGUUCAGCGAGGCUCUGCGCCUGUUCAACGCCAUCCUGCACGUCAUCCCGCUGCUGGUGGUGGGCAGCCGCAAGGAGGCGGACGAGGACUACAACAUCGCGCUGCGCAUCGAGCUGAAGCGGCGGGAGAUCCGGGACGACCCGGGUCGCACCGCGGAGCUGGCCGCCUACUUCACGCACUGCAACCUGCAGCGCGUGCACCUGGCGCUCAGCCUGCGCUCCGCCAUGUCCAUCUUCUUCAAGCUCAAGCAGCUCAACACCUGCGCCACCUUCUGCCGCCGACUGCUGGAGCUGCAGCCUGACGAGAAGAUGGCGGCGCAGGCGCGGCAGGUGCUGGCGGCGUGCGAGAAGAGCCCCACCGACGCUGAGGCGCUCAACUACGACCCGCGCAACCCCUUCGACAUCUGCUCCCUCACCUUCACUCCCAUCUACCGCGGAAACAAGUUUGUGGAGGACCCCUACACCAAGGCCCGCUUCCAGCCCGAGUGCGAGGGCCAGCUGAGCCCCGUGGGCGACAUCUCCAAGAUCGGCCUGGACGCGUCCGGCCUCGUCUCCUCACCCACCCAGCUGCGGUGA